AUGAUGGGUAAAAUCGGUAAACUGUACUUCUUUAUAUUGUUUGUAGAUUAGGGCUUUUAGGCCUUUGCAGUUGAGGUGUUAACGAAGCGUUGGAACCUUUGGUGGAAACCCUAACACAGAAGCCAUGGCUGUUCCUCUGCUCACCAAGAAGAUUGUAAAGAAGCGUGUCAAGAAGUUCAAGAGGCCCCAGAGUGACCGGAAGGUCUCUGUGAAGCCAAACUGGCGUAGACCCAAGGGUAUUGAUUCUCGGGUGAGGAGAAAGUUUAAGGGCUGCACUUUGAUGCCCAACAUAGGGUAUGGCUCAGACAAGAAGACCCGUCAUUACCUUCCCAAUGGCUUCAAGAAAUUUCUGGUGCACAACGUCAAGGAAUUGGAAGUGUUGAUGAUGCACAACAGGACCUACUGUGCAGAAAUCGCACACAAUGUCUCCACGCGUAAAAGGAAAGAGAUUGUUGAGCGUGCUGCCCAGCUGGAUGUUGUUGUUACCAACAAACUGGCCAGGUUGCGGAGCCAAGAGGAUGAGUGAGCAGUGUUGGAAAAUUUUCUUGUCUUAUGCUUGUGCAUGCAUACCAAAUGCUACACCCAGUAGGACCAGUUUUGAUCAGUUAGGGAAUUUUGUUCUGCAUAUCUCGUCUUGGAAAUUAUGGACACUUGUUUCUAGUUCAUGGUUGAAUGAUCAGUUUUGAAUUAUUUUCUUCCAUUCACCAA